CCUCCCUUUAGUACUGGGGACAUGGGCCAUCACCGGGCACAUUGCCGCUGACCCAGGUUCCCCCUUUCCUUCACCAGCCUAAAGAUGGCCAGUGCCAAUGAGACUGAAGAGGCCCAUGGCUCAGCACCCAGUACAGCUUCCACUUACGCCAAGCUGCUACUCCUGGGCUUCAUCAUCUGUGUGAGUCUUGCAGGGAAUCUGUCUCUCUCGCUGCUGGUGUUGAAAGAGCGUGGUCUCCACAAGGCCCCCUAUUACUUCUUACUGGAUCUGUGCCUGGCUGAUGUGAUCCGCUCAGCUGUCUGCUUUCCUUUUGUUCUCGUCUCUAUCCGCCAUGGCUCUGCUUGGACCUACAGUGUACUGAGCUGCAAGAUUGUGGCCUUCAUGGCUGUUCUCUUCUGUUUCCAUGCUGCCUUUCUCCUCUUCUGCAUCAGCGUCACUCGCUAUAUGGCUGUGGCUCACCACCGCUUCUAUGCCAAACGCAUGACUUUCUGGACGUGCAUUGCUGUCAUCUGCAUGGUGUGGACUUUGUCAGUGGCUAUGGCCUUUCCACCAGUCUUUGAUGUUGGGACCUACAAGUUCAUCCGUGAAGAAGACCAGUGCAUCUUUGAGCACCGCUACUUCAAAGCCAAUGACACCCUGGGCUUCAUGCUCAUGCUAGCCGUGCUGAUCUUCGCCACCCAUGUGGUUUAUAUCAAGCUACUGCUCUUUGAGUACCGCCAUCGUAAGAUGAAGCCUGUCCAAAUGGUUCCAGCUAUCAGCCAGAACUGGACGUUCCAUGGACCUGGAGCCACUGGACAAGCUGCGGCCAACUGGAUUGCUGGCUUUGGCCGUGGUCCCAUGCCUCCUACAUUGUUGGGCAUACGGCAGAAUGCCCAUGCUGCCAAUCGGCGCUUGCUGGGCAUGGAAGAAUUCAAGGCUGAGAAGAAGCUAGGCAGGAUGUUCUACGUCAUCACUUUGCUCUUCUUGGUGCUCUGGUCACCCUACAUUGUGGCCUGCUAUUGGAGGGUAUUUGUCAAAGCCUGUAGCAUCCCCCACCGCUACCUCUCCACAGCCGUUUGGAUGAGCUUUGCCCAAGCUGCUGUCAAUCCCAUAGUUUGCUUUCUACUCAACAAAGACCUCAAGAAAGGCUUGAUUGCCCACAUUCCCUGCUGGAGGACAGAGCCUGAAUUGCCCAGAGAGCCUUACUGUGUGAUGUGAGGAAUGCUAAAAGGUUGGCUAGAAUGCACCCCACCCACGCCAACUGAAUUUGAUUUUCUUUUUCCUUAUACGUCACACAAGGUUUUUCUUCCCCUGCAACACGUCAUGGUCCCCCAGAGUACUUGUAUCACAAACACUCUGAUCUCUCAGUUGUCUAAGGGCAAUUAUCAAAAUCAUCCAUUAGCUGCUAUGAGACCAGAGCUGGAUUCUGGUCUGUGUUCCUCUGGAGUAAAUCCAGAGCCAUAGGAUGACAGUAUUUGGUCCCUAGUAGUAUUCCAUGAGUUCUCAGAAGAGGUGAAAAAUAUCCUAUGCUUUCCUGGUUUUAUAAUCCCCUAACUCUAUCAAAUCAUUUAAGACUGUCCCUACAAAACUCUAUCCCUAGCUUCUUAAUACCCAUUAUUGCUUUGAAAGUAGGCCAGAGUUAGAUUUUUGGGUUUGGUCUCCUAGAGUGAAGCCAAAACUGUUCCGCUCACUGGAGCAGAAAUAGUUUGCGCUCAGUGGUUUUGUUUGGUUUUACAGCUAGAGGGUGACAGUGAAAAGGGGUCCCUAUUGAUGGAAUCUACUUUUAUGCAAGAUUAAUUUUCUGAUCCAGUAACUCCAUCAAUGAAAUAAAUUCCACAUGAUCUCAGAA